AUGAAGCAGCAGAUCAUGGCGGAUGGCCCCAGGUGUAAGAGGCGAAAACAGGCCAACCCCAGGAGGAAAAACGUUUUGAACUAUGAGAAUGUAGUGGACACGGGUUCGGAAACAGACGAUGAAGACAAGCUUCACAUUGCAGAAGAAGACAGUAUUAUGAACGCCCUGGACCGCGACUCCAGUCCAGUGACUAUGCCCAACCACGAUUCUUCCCCACAUGGGAAACAAAUAUUGUUGCCAAGAGAAGACGAAGAAAGUGAGAAGAGAGAUUGCGGCAUGGACCACACCUGGCACAGCAGGGAGACACUACCUGUCUCAAUGGAUGGUACUGAAGAAAUGAAGGAAGAGUAUGACACUAUGGGGCCUGAAGUCACACUUCAGCCAAGGAGAGGUAAUGGUACAGGAAAGACAGUAGGUUGCACGACAGAUCUCGAGGAGUACUUUGCCAAACGGAAGCUCGAGGAAGGAGACAGCCAUGCGGUUAGCAUUGCAGAAUACUUGCAGCGGAGUGACACAGCCAUUAUCUACCCGGAAGCGCCUGAAGAACUGUCCCGGCAUGGAACACCAGAGGCCAAUGGGCAAGAGGAAAAUGACCUGCCACCUGGAACUCCAGAUGCUUUUGCCCAACUGCUGACCUGUCCAUACUGUGACCGGGGCUACAAGCGCUUGACGUCAUUGAAGGAGCACAUUAAAUAUCGACAUGAAAAGAAUGAAGACAACUUUGCCUGCCCUCUGUGCAACUACACAUUUGCCUACCGCACCCAGCUUGAACGACAUAUGGCCACUCACAAGCCAGGGAGAGAUCAGCCCCACAUGCUGACCCAUGGUGCUGGUAAUCGCAAGUUCAAAUGCACAGAGUGCGGCAAAGCCUUUAAAUACAAACACCAUCUGAAGGAACACCUGCGAAUUCAUAGUGGUGAAAAGCCAUACGAGUGUCCAAACUGCAAGAAGCGCUUCUCUCAUUCCGGGUCCUACAGCUCCCACAUCAGUAGCAAGAAGUGCAUUGGCUUGAUUUCGGUCAAUGGCAGGAUACGACCCAGCCUGAAAGCGGGCUCCUCUCCUACUUCAGUCUCCUCCUCUCCUACCAAUUCAGCAAUUACCCUGUUGAGGCACAAACUGGAGAACGGCAAGCCUCUUGGUAUUCCUGAGCAGCCAGGACUACUUAAAAUCAAGACAGAGCCACUAGAUUUCAACGACUACAAGGCCAUGAUGGGUUUCCCAAAUGGUGGAAUGGGAACUGACAGCCAGAUGUCGAUCAACAGUUCAGUUCUAAGUCCCAUGCAGCACUUUGGAGUAGGCAUGGAAGCACACAUAUUAAGCUUUGCAAAUGUAGCAAGCGGUAACUUAAGUGAAGUCCAAAAAGUCCUCAAAAUUGUUGACAAUACAGUGUGUAGGCAAAAAAUGGACUGCAAACCUGACGAGAUUUCAAGACUUAAAGGUUAUCAUGUGAAAGAGCCACAAUCUCAAGCUUCCCUGGCUGAGGAGCAAGGAAUUACCUCCCCUGUAAUGCCAUCAGUUGGUCUUCCAGUUGUCAGCCAUAAUGGUGCCACUAAAAGUAUUAUUGACUACACACUAGAGAAGGUGAACGAAGCCAAAGCUUGUCUCCAGAGUUUGAACACAGACUCACAAAGGCAAGUGAACAAUUUGAAGAAGGACAGGAUACGGAACAUGAGUUGCUCUGCAUUAGAUCUUGGCAUGGAGGAAAAGACAUUUGACAACAGCAUCAUAUCUCCUUACACCUGCCAGUUCUGCAGGGAGAUUUUCCCUGGUCCCAUUCCCUUACAUCAGCAUGAACGCUACAUGUGCAAGAUGAAUGAAGAAAUCAAGGCUGUGCUACAGCCUAUUGAAGCGAUUUCCAAUAAACCAGUAAUGCUGGGUGAAAGGCAAGCUUAUAUGUUGUCCUCCCUUCUUUCAGAAAAAAAUAUCCCCAACCCCAUACAUACUUAUAAGGACCACAUGUCUGUAUUAAAAGCUUAUUACGCCAUGAAUAUGGAGCCAAAUUCUGAAGAACUACUGAAAAUUUCCAUUGCUGUUGGCCUCCCUCAGGAUUUUGUAAAAGAAUGGUUUGAGCAAAGGAAGGUCUAUCAGUUCACUAAUUCCAGGUCACCCACACUGGAACGGACCAGUGCUGAGAUGGCACUGACUACCAUCGAGCCUUUCAUAAUUAAAGACUGUCUGUCAGCUAGGCAUCCAACAGCAGCAUUAAGAUUGAUGGACUCAAUAACGUCACCUUCGAUAGCAGAACUGCAUAACAGUGUUACUAAUUGUGAUGCACCUCUCAGGCUUAGUAAAUCUCAGUUUAUCAGUAUUAAACAGAUUGGUGAUAAAAUGGACCACUCAAGGAGCAAUACUCCUUCCCCUUUGAAUCUUUCCUCUACUUCCUCAAAGAACUCCCAUAGUAGCUCAUACACUCCAAACAGCUUCUCUUCAGAAGAGCCUCAGGCUGAGCCACUGGACUUGUCUUUGCCAAGACAAAAGAAUGAACAUAAAAGCUUUGUCACAGGAAAAAUAAGAAAUAAAGCCAAUAGUAUUAUCAUUGACCAUAACAGUAUUUCCUAUCCAUCAGAGAAUUCAGAUGAGCCCUUGAACUUGACUUUCCUGAAGAAGGAAUUACCUAAUAUGAACAACAUCCUAGACAAAAGCACUAAGCCAGUAUACAGUACAAAUCCAUUUAGUGCCAAACCUUUGUACACAACUCUUCCACCACAAAAUGCAUUUCCCUCAGCUGCUUUCUUGCCUUCGGUCCAGAAUAGUAUUCCGGGUCUGCGACCAUACCCAGGGCUAGAUCAAAUGGGCUUCCUCCCGCACAUGGCCUACACAUAUGCAACAGGCGCAGCUACUUUUGCAGAAUUGCAACAGAGGAGAAAGUACCAACGAAAGCAAACGUUCCAGGGGGAAUUGCUUGAUGGAACCACAGAUUACAUGUCAGGCUUGGAUGACAUGACAGAUUCAGAUUCUUGUCUGUCCCGAAAGAAGAUCAAGAAGACAGAAAGUGGCAUGUAUGCAUGUGACUUGUGUGACAAAACAUUCCAGAAAAGCAGUUCCCUUCUGCGACAUAAAUAUGAGCACACAGGAAAGCGGCCACAUCAAUGUCAAAUUUGUAAGAAAGCAUUUAAACACAAGCAUCAUCUUAUUGAACAUUCACGACUGCACUCCGGUGAGAAACCAUAUCAGUGUGAUAAGUGUGGCAAACGCUUCUCACACUCAGGGUCCUACUCACAACACAUGAACCACAGAUAUUCCUAUUGUAAACGGGAGGCAGAGGAAAGGGAAGCAGCUGAACGAGAAGCCCGUCAGAAGGGACACUUAGAACCUGCAGAGCUACUGAUGAAUCGCCCCUACUUACAGAGCAUUACUCCUCAGGGGUAUUCGGACUCGGAGGAACGAGAAAGUAUGUUGAGAGAGGUAGAGAGUGAACGUGAGCAGGAAAAAGGAGAAGAGGGCGAGGAGAAACUGGUCAGGCGAGAUGGGGAAGAGGAAUUUGAUGAAGAAGAAGAAGAAAGUGAAAAUAAAAGCAUGGAUACAGAUCAGGACACAAUAAGAGAUGACGAGGAGAAUGGUGACCACUCAAUGGACGAUAGCUCACUUGACGAGAAAACGGAAACCAAAUCAGAACAUGAAGACAAUGUGGAAGAUGGCAUAUAAUAACUACUGCAUUUUAGCUUCCUACUUCUUCCAGUAGUAUUGUUACUUGCUUGAAACACUGCUGUGUUAAGCUGUACAUGCACGUGCCUGAUGCUUCCUGGAAGCCUGAGUGUUGGACAGAUGGGGCAGUCUGUCAGAUGCAAAAAAAGGGAAAAAAAACGAAAAAAAAACGAGACAGUGUUAGGACGAAUUAGUCAAGUUUGGGUUGUGAAGAGUUGCAUUAUGCAAAAAAAUGUUCAGUGUUAGGGCCUAAAAAAAUGUGUGGUUCAAGCAGCCUAAAUUAUCCUUCUGUCAAUAGUUUUUUUUAGCACAAAAUAAUGGAGUAUAUUGCAUUACAUGCCACUUGUAUUACUACACAAAAUUUUAUGAAGAAAUGUAUUGUCUGUGUUUUCUACCUAUGUAUAUUAUUACACAAGAGUAACUUGAAAAUGAAAUGCCUGUGCUUUUACCCAUACCUGCAAAAGUAAACAACAGUAUUUUAGUGGACUGUUUGUAGUUUGAUCCAGCCAUUAGGCCUAAUACUGCAACCACACAAUAUUUUAGGUUCCCAAUAAUUCAUUGAAGGAUCAUGAAAUGAUGCACGUGUGAUUUUUUUAGAAAAUGAAGUCUUAAAAGUGGCCCAGCUAUGAAGGACGAGAGAGUGAGAGCAAGAGAGAAAGAGUGCCUGCGAGAGAGAGAUAGAGAGAGAGAGCGAGAGAGGGAGAAAGAGAGAGAGAGAGAGAGAGAUGUGGAGAGGAGGAGAGAGAGAGAGAGAGGAGGAGAGAGAGAGAGAGAGAGAGAGAGAGAGAGAGAGAGAGAGAGAGAGAGAGAGAGAGAGAGAGAGAGAGGCAGAAAUGGUGGAGAAAGCCUUUUGAAAGGUGAUUAAAAAAAAGCCUUAUAUGCAAACCUUUUAAUCUGUGUGUUCUGCAAGUGCCAUCCUUGUAUAGUGCUAAAUGAAGGUAACUAAAGUUACCUUGCACCAGCUUCAGUGUUAAACAGCUCACCCUGUUCUUUGAAGCACCCAUGUCAGUAUUAGAAUCUAGGCAGCAGUUCCUUAGUUUACAUAUGUUUGUGCAAUUUUCUGUACUUUUUUGUUCAUUAACUUGUCAGUAUUACACCAAACUUUGCAACAAUUUGCAUUCAUUUUAUUUUAGGUCAAAUAACAUUUAUUUAUGUUGCUCAUUUUAUAUUUCUUAAUUUUAUUUAUUUCAUACUGUAGUGUACAGUAUUAUAGUUCUUCAAUAUAUAGAUAUAUUUUAGUAAAGGAACAUGAGGUUGAUCAUUUGGGCAAAUUUUACGUAAUGAGAAGAGCAUUUAUUGUGUUUUCAAACAUGAAUUGUGAGAUACGAAUUUUCAAUUUAUUAUUUUAUUUUGUUUUCCAAUUACUGGAUUCCAAAUUUGAGAACUUUUGAUACGAUCUUGUGAAAACACUGUAUUUUCGACUGAAAAUUCCACUUUCUUCAUCUGUUUUUUAGCUAAAAAAGAGGGACUGUUAAAAUACAAUGUAUGAUACCAUGACAGAAAUCUUUCCUGAAUUGUCUUUGUAAAAGUAUUAUUAAAUUUUCAAUUUGUAAUUUCUCUUUGAAAUGACCAUGCUCGAAUAAAAUGUAGCCAAACUAGGACCUGUUACGUGCAGCUUAAGGUUCUAUGGACAUCACUGCAGCAAACAGAUGUGCAUAAUAAUGUAUAAUGUUUCCUUCCUAACUGUAGGAUUGUCUUCAAACCAUAAAGAAUUACAUUUUCAUCCAUAGCAUUGUUAACAAAAAAUAUUUAUUAACUUAAA